AUGUUUAAGAAGGGUAGAGGUUGGAGUCAAGAUGGUAAGAGGUGUAAUUGUGGGCAGUACAUUUCAAAAACGAGAGCUUGGACUAAGGACAAUCCGGGGAGAAGGUUAUAUGCAUGCUCAAACUUUGAUGCUGACACCAACACAAGGGGAUGCAAGUACUUUAAGUGGAUUGAUGAGGAAGACCCAACAGAUUGGCAGAGAGAUGUAAUAUUAGGGCUAAUGGAAGACAAGAGACAACUAAGCAAUGAAGUUGAGGUGCUGAAGAGGAAGCUGAUGGAAUCAGUUGUACUUGAAAGGAAGAAGGACACAGAAAAAAUUAUGUUGAAGAUGAAGAGGACAAGGGUUAGUUCAGGACUGAAAUGUGAGGUUUGGGUAAUAUGUGCACUUUUGGCCAUAUUGUUGUUUUGGUACUUCAUCUUAACUUGA